AUGACAAGCAUUUCAUCAACUCCUACGGGCCCAUUAAUUAAUGGUAACAAAAGAGCGUUCAUAGAUCCUAACGACUCAAAUCUCAAUAAUAUAAAUAUUUCAUCGAAAAAACCAAAACUACAAGAUGAUUAUACACUUAAACUUGAAAACCCGAACAAUAAUAAUAAUAAUGGCAAUAUACCUGAUGAAGAUGAGCAAGUCCUAAGUAAAUUUUCUAGAAAAGCCCCUAAUAUUUUGACGGAUGAAGGUAAAUUAAUUCCACUUAUCCCCCCACAGCCGAUCGUAUUAGGUAAAGAUCCAAAGGCAAAUAAAUAUAUUUUACCCAAGAUUACCAAGGAAGAUUCAUUGAAUGCAAGGAUGGUUUUGAAAUACUAUGGUUUGAAGAAAUUUUUAGACACUUACUUACCGGAAGAACUAAAUUCUCUUUACGUUUAUUUCUUGAUAAAAUUAUUAGGUUUCGAAAUUAAGGAUCGUGAAUUAUUAAAUACCAUCUAUGAGUUUAUUAACCAAGACAUGAAUAUGACUAUAGAUAAUAUGUCUUUAGCGAUUCAGAAAUUUGAUGACCCAUUAGAAAAGAAGCAAGCUGUACGUUUAAUUAAGGAUUUACAAAAGGCAAUUAACAAAGUUCUUUGUACAAGAUUAAGAUUAUCCAAUUUCUAUACAGUGGAUCAUUUUGUUAAUGCAUUAAAAACCUCUAAAAGAAUAUUAGUGCUGACAGGUGCUGGUGUAUCAACAUCAUUGGGGAUUCCAGAUUUCAGAUCCUCUGAAGGAUUUUAUUCUAGAAUUAGACAUCUAGGUUUAGAUGAUCCACAAGAUGUUUUCAAUUAUGAUAUCUUCAUGCAAGAUCCCUCUGUUUUUUAUAACAUUGCUCACAUGGUCUUACCACCUGAUAACCUUUAUUCUCCAUUACAUAGUUUUAUUAAAUUACUUCAAGAUAAAAACAAAUUAUUAAGAAAUUAUACUCAAAACAUUGAUAAUUUGGAAUCAAAUGCAGGCAUUCAAGAAGAAAAUUUAGUUCAGUGCCAUGGUUCAUUCGCUACCGCAUCAUGUGUAACAUGUCAUUGGAAAGUACCAGGUGAAAAAAUCUAUGAUAAUAUAAGGAAACUAGAAUUACCCUUAUGUCCAUAUUGCUAUAAGAAGAGAAGAGAAUACUUCCCAAACAAUAAUACCAAAUUCAGUUCAAAUUCAAUGACUGAUUUAACAAAUAAUCAUUUUGCUGGUCAAGUAUUAAAAUCUUAUGGUGUCUUAAAACCUGAUAUUACUAUUUUUUNGGUAGUAAAGUCAUUACCGUCUAAAUUUCAUAGAACCAUUAAAGAGGAUAUAUUAAAAUGUGAUCUUUUGAUUUGUAUUGGUACAAGUUUGAAAGUGGCGCCUGUUUCUGAAAUCGUUAAUAUGGUUCCAGCUCAUGUACCGCAAAUUUUAAUUAAUAGAGACCCAGUAAGGCAUGCAGAAUUUGAUGUGAAUAUGUUGGGAUUUUGUGAUGAUGUUGCUGCAUUAGUGGCCCAAAAAUGUCAAUGGGAUAUUCCUCAUGAAAAAUGGGACACUCUGAAAAAUACUAAAUUCGAUUGUAUUGAAAAGGAAAAGGGUUCAUAUAACAUAAAAAUCCAUCAAGAUAAUAUACAGAAAGAAGGAGAAGGACAAGGACAAGAACAUAAAACAACAGAGACAAAAGAACAGGAAGAAGAUGAAGAUAAGUCAUUAACCACGAUAUCAACGUCAGAAUAA